CCAAGAACACUUCAGAAAACAAUGCACUGAAGCUUCCAUCAUGAGAGAGCAAGGGGUUCUUCACCUUGAGAAUGCUUCUCAACCAGGGAGGUCCCAGUGGGUUCUUGAUUCUCCCAAUCCACCCCCUCUAUGGAAGAAGCUAUUCAAUUCAGUCAAGAAAACCAUUCUGCCUCAUGGUAACAACAGGUUCUGUUUUUCAUCCAAGAACAGAACUUUCUGGGGACAUGCACUCUCACUCUUGCAGAGUUUGUUCCCAAUCCUUACCUGGAUAAGAGAUUACACAUUCUCAAAGUUUAAAGAUGAUCUGCUUGCUGGUUUAACUCUUGCAAGCCUUUGCAUUCCUCAGAGCAUAGGAUAUGCUCAUUUAGCACAAGUUGAUCCUGAAUAUGGCCUGUAUACAAGUAUUGUUCCUCCUCUUAUAUAUCCUCUGAUGGGGAGUUCAAGAGAAAUUGCAAUUGGACCUGCAGCUGUAGUCUCCAUGCUGUUAUCUUCUCUGGUCCAGAAAGUGGAAGAUCCUAUUGCAAAUCCUGAAGCCUAUAGAAAUCUAAUCUUCACUGUGACCUUCUUCUCUGGAAUUUUUCAAGCUGCAUUUGGCAUUUUCAGGUUGGGUUUUCUUGUGGAUUUUCUUUCACAUGCUGCACUUGUUGGAUUCAUGGCUGGUGCAGCCAUCAUUAUUGGCCUUCAGCAGCUGAAGGGGCUUCUGGGGAUUACUCACUUCACCACCAAAACAGAUGUAGUUUUAGUUUUAGUAUCUGUUUAUAAAUCACUGCAUCAUCAAAUUACUUCUGGAGAAAAAUGGAGCCCUCUGAAUUUUGUCCUGGGGUGUUCAUUCCUGAUUUUCCUUCUAGCAACUCGUUUUAUUGGUAGAAGAAAUAAAAAGCUUUUCUGGUUGCCUGCUCUUUCUCCUCUUGUAUCAGUGAUCCUAUCAACUUUAAUUGUGUACUUGUCUAAAGCUGAUAAGAUUGGGGUUAAUAUACUAAAGCAUGUCAAAGGAGGAUUAAAUCCAAGUUCAGUUCACCAAUUGCAAUUUCAUGAUCAAAAUGUUGGACAAGCAGCUAAAAUUGGAUUGAUUUGUGCAAUUAUUGGACUCACUGAAGCAAUUGCUGUUGGUCGAUCUUUUGCUUCCAUCAAAGGGUACCAUCUUGAUGGGAACAAAGAAAUGUUAUCAAUGGGAGUCACGAACAUUGCAGGAUCAUUAACUUCAUGCUAUGUGGCGACUGGUUCAUUUUCAAGGACAGCUGUGAAUUUCAGUGCAGGGUGUCAAACAGGAGUGUCAAAUAUUGUGAUGGCCAUAACAGUGGUUCUAUUCUUAAAACUGUUUUCAAGGCUAUUAUACUACACCCCUGUGGCUAUCCUUGCUUCUGUGAUCCUCUCUGCACUUCCUGGAUUAAUUAACAUACAUGAGGCUUGUUAUAUCUGGAAGGUUGACAAAUUAGACUUUCUUGCCUGCAUUGGUGCUUUCCUUGGCAUCUUGUUUGCAUCUGUGGAAGUUGGUCUUCUUGUUGCUGUGUUUAUCUCAUUUGCAAAGAUACUAAUUCAAUCAAUUCGACCUGGAGUAGAAGUUCUUGGUAGAGUUCCAAGAACAGAAGCCUUUUGUGAUGUUAUGCAAUAUCCUAUGGCCAUAAGCACUCCAGGCAUCAUAGUGAUUCGCAUAAGCUCUGGCUCACUCUGCUUUGCAAAUGCCAAUUUUGUCAAAGAAAGAAUCUUGAAGUCUGUCAAGGAAGAAGGAGAUCAUGACCUUCAAGGAACCACAAAGGGAAAGACCAGAGGAGUAAUUCUGGACAUGACAAACCUGAUGAAUGUUGACACUUCUGGAAUUCUAGUUCUUGAGGAACUUCACAAGAGGUUGAUUUCACGUGGCGUAGAAUUAGCUAUGGUCAACCCCAGGUGGCAAGUGAUUCACAAGCUUAAGGUUGCACAUUUUGUGGACAAACUUGGAAAAGAAUGGGUUUUCCUUACUGUUGGAGAAGCUGUAGAUGCAAUAACUUCUAAAAUUGUCAGUGCUUGAUUUGAUACUGGGUGUCUGUAUACUUUUGAAAGGUUAAUGCAUAAUUGCAUAUCUAAGCAGGGACUCAUACAGGAGUAUUGUAGACUUCCUUAUUAUUAUAAUAUCUCAAAUUUUGGCA